AUGGCUAUUCUGAGAUAUCAAACGGUUGGGACAUUACUUGGGGGUAAUUGGGCGGUUUUGUUCUUGGUGACUGUUGCUCUUACCAUUUGCAUCCGCUUGAUCCCUCGCCGGGCCGACGUUCCUAUUUAUAGUAAGCAUUCAGGCUGGCGAGGUCAGUGGAAGGACUCGUUAGAAUAUCUUCAUGACAGUGCUGGAACUUUAAGAGCUGGCUACGAAAAGUUCUCUCGCCAUGGCCAGUUCUUUCAACUUCGGACGCCCGUUCGCUGGAUUGUAGUUGUGCCGCCCAAGCUGGUGGAUGAAAUCCGCACCGCACCGUCAACGCAUUUGAGUGCUAAAGAGUCGGCAAACGAUGUGCUUCAAACUAGAUAUACAGUGUCUCCAAUUGUCGAGGCACAGAAAUUUCAUUUCCACAUUGUCAAGACACAUCUCACACCUAACCUGGAGAACAAGAUCGAUGACCUUCGCGAUGAAAUCAAAUUGUCGUUUGGAGAGGAGAUAGGAAGCCCAGCCGAUUGGAAGGCGGUUGUGAUGUCUAGAGCAGCUCAUCGGAUCGCAAGUCGAACUGCCAAUAGACUUCUCGUCGGCGCACCAUUGUGUCGGGACCAGGAGUACCUUGAUAUGUCUAUCAAGUAUACAAUAGAUGUGUUUGGAGGCGCUGACAAGCUUCGCGCCUGGCCUAAGUUUCUUCGUUCAACGGUCACACGGUUUGUGACCGACGUCAAGGAACGGCAAAGGGUAGGUCGGAAGCAUCUCAUCCCUUACAUUAAAGCUCGUUUGCAGGAAGAAAGCGAUGGAUUGAUCGAGAAGCCCCCCAUUGAUUCCCUUCAAUGGGUCAUGGAUGCGGCACCCAAUGCCGGCGAGAGAGACCCGGAGCGGCUGAUGUUUCGUCUACUACACUUAAAUGUGGCGGCAGUGCAUACAACCAGUGUCACUUAUUUGAAUGCCAUGUUUGAUUUGGCCUUCCACACCGAAAUUCAUGAAGAGCUGCAAACCGAGAUUGAUAGCGCAGUCCGAGAGCACGGAUGGUCUGGGCGAGCAUUAAGUCAAAUGUGGAAGCUCGACAGCUUUUUGGCUGAAAGCCAGAGACUUUCACCUCUUGCCAGCUCCCAAAUGACUCGCGCAGUGAUCCAAGACUUCACCUUCUCUGACGGCACCACAGUCCCCAAAGGCUCCUAUGUUCUAGCACCGAUGUAUGCGAUGUAUUUGGAUGACAAUAUCUAUCCCAAUGCGUCUACAUUCGAUGCAUUCCGAUUUUCCAAGCUUCGAGACCAGCCCGGCCACGAAAAUCGACAUCAGUUUGUGUCUACAUCUCCGACACAUAUCAACUUUGGCCACGGCAAGGAUGCAUGCCCUGGGCGCUUCUUCGCAGCACACGAGAUAAAGCUACUGUUGGCUCAUGUUUUGCAGAACUAUGACAUACAACUUGAGGAUCCAACUAAACUACCGGAGGGAUCUUGGUAUGAUCGUUCUCGAAAGCCUAACCAAACUGCGCGCGUUCUUUUCCGCAGCCGUUAA